AUAAAGUUUUGGACAAGUUUUGGACAAACUUCCCAACAGUAUAAAAAAUUUGCAAAAUAAGAAAUUGAAUCGUUUGUUAUAAUUACUGCAUGAUUAAACAUUCUCAUAUUAUAAGAACGACUUGCUUGAUGUUCCUUCUUCUCUCUCAGUCUCUUCUAAUCCUUUCUAGGGAUUGGAAUCGAAAAUCGAAUCUUUUCAAGAUUUUUCUUAUAGACGACCAACCUGACUUUGAAUCAGUUUCUAAUUUCAGCAAAAAUAAUCAGCACUUGAGCCGGCAUGAAAAAUUACUUUGGAGUCAGGUUAACUUACAUGUAAAAAAUUGCUGAGAAUC